AACGACUUCGGCGCGAAACCCUGGAAGCACUAACAGCCGCCAUAGCCAGCAUCUGCCAUUCCCGCUGAACCAAGGAGGUAACGUACGUAGGCGAUAUUUCUCCAUGAAAAGCUUGUAAAUCGUUCUCUGGUUUCUGUUUCUAUACUAACUGCUUUGUGGGUUUUGAUUGAAGAAAGACCGUGAUCUUCUUUACUCGUUCGGUCGUCUCCUUUCCCCUCUUUAGGGUUUUAAGCUUUUGAUUUGCAAGUCGAAAAAUCGUUGUUUCACGUUUUCUGGGUUCUUGGCAUUUCGUAUCCUUGGGCUGUCGAUUUCUUUUUUUUUAAUUUGAGCUCGUGAAUUUCGGCAACGGCGGUGAUGAACCUAUCAAUCGGAGCCGAGCCCAUGCAGCCCAUGCAGAGUAACCAAGCUGCGUGCGCUGCUAGAAUGCAGGGCUUUGUCUUUCUGAUUGGUGAACGUUCUGAGCUGUGAACGGUUGGUAGUGUGUUCGUAUAUAUAUGCAGGAUUGAUUAGGGUUUGCCGUGGAAGAUGUUAGUACUGUUUGAGACUCCAGCCGGAUUUGCCCUUUUCAAAGUCCUGGAUGAAGGGAAGCUAUCCAAAGUUGAGGACUUGUGGAAGGAGUUCUCUUCCUCUGACACUGCGAGGAAGGUGGUGAAGCUGAAAGCCUUUGAUAAGUUUGACAAUACGGCUGAUGCUCUGGAGGCAGCAACCAAAAUCAGCGACGGCUCAACCACUAAAAGCCUGCGGAGAUUCCUGAAAGCUCACUGCGAAGGCGAGAGAUUGGCUGUGGCUGACUCAAAGCUGGGGAAUGCAAUCAAGGAGAAAUUGAAAAUUGACUGUGUGCACAACAAUGGUGUCAUGGAAUUGAUGAGAGGUGUGAGGAGCCAGUUGACAGAACUUAUAGCUGGUCUAGGGAGCCAAGAUUUGGCACCAAUGAGCCUCGGUUUGUCUCAUAGCAUGUCCAGAUACAAGCUGAAGUUCAGCCCUGAUAAGGUUGAUACAAUGAUCAUUCACGCUAUUGGCGUGCUUGACGAUCUCGAUAAGCAGCUUAAUCAGUAUGCAAUGGCGAUGAGGGAAUGGUACGGUUGGCAUUUUCCAGAGCUUGCCAAGAUUGUUCAAGACAACAUUGUCUAUGCUAAAGCUGUGAAGUUGAUGUCCUUCCGUGAGAAUGCUGCGAAACUUGAUUUCUCCGAGAUAUUGCCCGAGGGUGUCGAGGAAGCAGUGAAGGAAGCAGCCAAGACAUCGAUGGGGACUGAAAUGGGCGAAUACGACAUGGCAAAUAUAAUGCAGCUCUGUGACAAGUUCUUGUCUCUAUCCGAACACAGGCCUCAACUGUACGACUAUCUGAAGAGCAGGAUGAACACCGUCGCGCCUAAUUUGACUGCUCUGGUUGGGGAGCUCGUUGGGGCUCGGCUGAUUGCCCAUGGAGGCAGCCUGAUGAAUCUCGCCAAGCAGGCAGGGAGCACCGUCCAGAUUCUUGGAGCAGAGAAGGCCCUGUUCAGAGCCCUGAAGACGAAGCACGCCACUCCUAAAUAUGGGUUGAUCUACCAUGCGUCCCUUGUUGGCCAAGCAAUGCCCAAGAUGAAAGGGAAGAUUUCCAGGUCGCUUGCUGCUAAAGCUUCUCUUGCGAUUCGAUGCGAUGCUCUUGGAGACGGACAAGAUAACUCCAUCGGAUUAGAGAAUCGUCUCAAGCUGGAAGCGCGAUUGAGGAGGCUCAAGGGCGAGGUUUUGGGACGUUCUGCAGGUUUGGUUAAGGGGAAGCCGAUGAUUGAGGCUUAUGACAAGGAUAGGAAGAAGGGAGGAGCAGCUGGAAUGAUAACUCCUGCAAAGACCUACAAUCCUUCUGCUGAUGCUGUUCUUGAGCUAACACCGAAAUCGGUUGGAGAGGAGACCGUCGAGAUGAAGAGGAAGUUUGAUGAGGAAGCUCCAGCUACUGAUGAAAAGAAAGGUCUUUCUUUGGACAAGAAGAAUAGCAAGGAUGUGGAAGCUGCUGGAGGUGCUAAUGGUGUAAAGAAAGAAAAGAAAAAGAAGAAGAAGAAACAAGCUGAAGGUGAACAGAAUGAUGAUGUUGAAGAUGGCGGUGAGAAGAAGAAGAAGAAGAGGAAGCGGUCUUCCGAGCUGGAAGCAGCAGAGAAGCCUACAAGCAAGAAGGAUAAGAAAUUCGUUACGUAGGACAUUAUUUUCAUUUUCAUAUUUGGGAGAUAUUUGGUGGUUUGGAAUCGCAAAAUUAGUUCCAAGAAUUUUUUUUGUUUAUUUCUCGUUGUGCGUUGGAAAAAAAAUUCGAUACGAGAAUGGUUGAGUUUGAAUACAUGUCGAUUUUCUUGCAUGUUAGAAAUCGGAAAUUGAUCGUCAAU